AUGAGUGAAGAAUUAAAAAAUAUUGAAAAAGAGUAUAAAAAUUUUUAUGAAAAAAUUGAAUAUAUAGAUGAAAAUACAAUUUAUAUGCAUAUUAAAAUAGACGAUAAUAAAGAUAAAAUUUCAAAUUUAAAAGAUAAUUAUUUGAAUCUUUAUAUUAAAUUUCACUCUAAUUAUUUUGAAGUGUUGAAUGAAAAUCUAAAUGGAGAAAAAAAAUUUGAUUGCAUGGAACAAAUUUUUAAUACAUUUUGCCCUUUUACAUUUAAAAAGUAUAUUAUUAAAAAUAUUAAACAUAAACUGAAUUCAGAUUUAUAA